AACCCUCCCCGCGCCGGCAAGCGAGGACCGAGUCCAAUCUUGAAGCCAUGGCCGCCGAGAAAGUUUACCGCGCUAGCACCACAGCGCCAGUGAACAUCGCCGUUGUCAAAUACUGGGGCAAGCGCGAUGCAAAGCUCAACCUACCCACGAACAGCUCUCUCUCAGUAACCCUCUCCCAAUCCGACCUGCGCACGCUCACCACCGCCUCCUGCUCGGCCUCGUACCCCGCUUCCGAAGGCGACUCCCUGCUUCUGAACGGCGAACCCUCCGAUGUCUCGGGCGCGCGGACACAAGCUUGCUUCCGCGAGCUGCGCGCCCGCCGCGCCGCCCUCGAAGCCGCCGACCCGUCGCUCCCAAAGCUCUCCACCAUGCCCCUGCGCCUCGUCUCCGAGAACAACUUCCCGACGGCCGCGGGCCUGGCUUCGUCGGCGGCGGGCUUUGCGGCGCUGGUCCGGGCCAUCGCCGACCUGUACGAGCUGCCUGCAUCCCCUUCCGAGCUGAGCUUGAUUGCGCGCCAAGGGUCUGGGUCGGCGUGCCGCAGUCUGUUUGGCGGGUACGUGGCGUGGCGGAUGGGUGAGGCGGCUGAUGGGAGUGAUUCCAUGGCCGACCAGGUGGCUGAGGCGAAGCACUGGCCUGAUAUGCGCGCGCUGAUUCUUGUCGUGUCGGCUGCCAAGAAGGGGGUUAGUUCCACGUCGGGCAUGCAGCAGACGGUGGCGACGUCGGGGUUAUUCCAGGAGCGGAUUGCAAAGGUGGUGCCGGAGAAUAUGGCCCGCAUGGAGAAGGCGAUCAAAGAGAGGGAUUUUGAGGCCUUUGCGGAGGUCACCAUGCGCGACUCCAACUCGUUCCACGCCACGUGUGCGGAUACGUACCCCCCCAUCUUCUACAUGAAUGAUGUCUCGCGCGCCGCCAUUCGCGCCGUGGAAACGAUUAACCAGGCUGCUGGGAGGACCGUCGCGGCGUAUACCUUUGAUGCUGGGCCGAACGCGGUAAUCUACUACCUGGAGAAGGAUACCGAGGCCGUUGUCGGGACGUUUUUCCACGUCCUGGGAGGCGCCAUCGAUGGGUGGAAGGACUCGGUUAUCAAGGGGCUUAAACCGACAGUGUCCUUGGACGAGGGAGCGGCUGGCUUGUUGAAGGGCGGUGUCAGCCGGGUCAUCCUAACGGGUGUUGGAGAGGGUCCUGUCAAGACGGAAGAAUAUUUGGUGGCUGAAGACGGUAGCCCGGUGAGGAGAUGAUGUUCAGCAUCACCUAAAGGCCGAAGGUCUCCUCAACGUGCCUGCGGCAACCAUGAUGGACUGGAAAGCCAGUGCACAAUGGCCCGAAGAGUUGAAGUGCUUGCGGAGAGAGGAUUCAAAAGCAAAUAGAUCGCCGUCUUUGCUGGAUCGUGGCUUGGCUACGAAUGCGAAGCUGUCCCGGUUGCUAGCCUUCACAUUAUUAUGCAACGUCGUU